CAGAUAUAGUGAAUGCAGGGUCCGGGGAGACCAGAUAUAGUGGAUGCAGGGUCCGGGGAGACCAGAUAUAGUGAAUGCAGGGUCUGGGGAGACCAGAUAUAGUGAAUGCAGGGUCCUGGGAGACCAGAUAUAGUGAAUGCAGGGUCUGGGGAGACCAGAUAUAGUGAAUGCAGGGUCCGGGGAGACCAGAUAUAGUGAAUGCAGGGGUCCUGGGAGACCGGAUAUAGUGAAUGCAGGGUCGGCGAAGACCAGAUAUAGUGAAUGCAGGGUCCUGGGAUACCAGAUAUAGUGAAUGCGGGGUCCGGGGAGACCAGAUAUAGUGAAUGCAGGGUCCUGGGAGA